UGCGUCUCUCUCUGUAUAUAUAUAGCUUUCAGAGUUUCAGUACAACAAAAAUCAAAACACUUCUCAUACAAAUCCUUUGCUUAACUCUCUUAAUAGCAGCAAUAAUGGACUUGAACAAAAUCAAGGAGAAGACCAUUCUUGCAAGCCCAGCCCUUCAGGAGUAUAUCUUGAAUACAAGUGCUUACCCAAAUGAGCAUGAGCAGAUGAAGGAAAUUAGAGAUGCCACAGUGGUGAAAUACAAACAUAUGAGCAUCAUGAAUGCAUCAGCUGAUGAAGCACAAUUCCUUUCAAUACUAUUGAAACUCAUGAAUGCCAAGAACACUUUAGAAAUUGGCGUUUUUACUGGCUAUUCACUUCUUGCUACUGCACUCGCUCUCCCUGAAGAUGGCAAGGUUUUAGCAGUUGACCCAGAUAGAGAAGCAUACGAAGUUGGACUACCAGCCAUCAAAAAGGCCGGAGUUGAGCAUAAAAUUGACUUUGUUGAAGGAACCGCCACGCCAUUUUUGGAUGACCUAAUUAAUGAGGGUAAAGAAGGGACCUUUGAUUUUGCAUUUGUUGAUGCUGACAAGGAAAACUACAUCAAGUACCAUGAACCAUUGCUAAAACUUGUCAAAGUUGGAGGACUAAUUGCCUUUGACAACACUCUUUGGUUUGGCUCAGUUGCUUAUGAUGAAGAUGAUGAAAUAUUCAAGAAUGACCCAAUUAUGAAAGUUGUUAAACAUGGACUUGAGCCAAUCAAGAAGUUAAAUAGCUUCCUUGCAAAGGACCCUCGCAUUGAAUCAAGCCUUCUUUCAAUUGGUGAUGGACUUACACUUUGCAGGCGUAAAUAUUGAAGUUUCGUCUUUUUUUUCUCUAAUGUUAUGUUGAGUGGUUCUAAGUAAUUGUACCAAUAAAAUAGUCCUAUCAUGUUUUUUUUGAAGGGAUAAUGUUAUAAGUCAAUAAAAUAUUGAGAUCUUUUGGGCAAUAA